CAGCAGGCAGAGGAGGAGGAGUGUGGCUGUCUCCGCUCACUUCUCCACAGCGAGGGGACUCCGAGAAUAAACAAUUCCCACAGACUACACGCUCCACACCUCAGCUCGCUCACAGUCGCAGCAGUCAUUUCAAUUUUAAAAAAUCGAGGCUUUUCUUUUGGACUAAAAUUUUAUUCCUUUUUUUUUUUUAAAGGCUGCCUCGCCAUUUCAGUUUCCUGCCAAAAGUGUCGCGACCGUUUUCAUUGGAUUUGCCUCCUCCUUGUCGAAUAAUAACGAUGCGCCUCUCCGGCUGACUGUGGGGUGGACAACGCAGGUCCCCCGUGUGAGAUCUGCAAAGCUGAGAGGCGCCACUGACAGAACCACAGCCAGGCCUGAGGACAGACAUCCCAAACAUCCACAGCCACGGAAUGUGUCAACAUCUUUGUGGUGAAAUCCCGCUGACUCCUCGCUUGCUACUCACAUAAGCCUGGAGCUGGGCCUUCUGGGAUCCUACGGUGUUUAAAGGCAUACAACAAUGCCUGGGAGGCCCACCUGCCCCAGAUUGCCUCCAACCAUGGUUGCUGUUUCACCACAGUGCUGACUGUGCCCACUAUAGAGAGGGUUUACAUCAAGCUACUGUAUCCUUCAGCCCCUCUGCAUAUUCACUCAGUGCAACUGCCUGCCCUCUUUUUGGUAUUUAGGAAGUACAUGCCACUGUCAGCCAGAUGACCUAGUGGACAUUUAUUUCCCAGUAGCAGUGCUGAGCCAUACGAGGGGAUCCUACUAUUGAACAUGACUCAUGGGGAGGAGCCUGGCCCUGAGACACACAAGGAUUCAGCUGUUCUAACUUAUCUGGAAGGUUUACUGAUGCAUCCAGUAGUGGCCGGGCCUGGGGCCACGGCGAGUGGGAGGUCAGAGGGUGCCCACAGCAAUCAAGAGCAGGGUGACAAGGUGAGCGGGUCCUUCCAACUGCCCAACCAUGGCCCCACAGCUCCCAAGACUGGAACCAAUGGGCCCACACUAGGUUCUUCACAGCACCUGAAGAAGGCCCGCUUACUCCGUUCUGGAGCCUGGAAUGAUCCAGGGAACCAGCGGAUGAGUUCACCCCCAGCGGAGCUGAAUGGCCAAGGGGGAGGCCUGCAAAAUGGAGCAUUAGAGGGAUCUCCUCAUGCUGGAGAGAGCACCCUGUUGGCUUCCCUGCUUCAAUCAUUCAGCUCACGGCUUCAGAGCGUGGCAAUGUCUCAGCACUCUAAUAAGCCCCCCAGUGAGUGUUCCUCUCCAUCCAAGGCACCCCCUGCAGACAAAGAGCCACUUCCUGUAUAUGGGACCGCCUCAAGUCGCUUAAAGGGCCUAAUGAGGAAGAGCAAACUUCAAAAUCACAGCAACACACCUUACAGUCGCCGCGUACACAGUCAGGACAGACCCCCUGAAUCACCUCGGUCAGCACACAGCGCCACUCCUCCUGCCGCUCCUACAGCUGCUGAAUCCGUGUCCUGUGCGGAGCGUCUGAAGGCAGUGGCCAACAUGGUGAAAAUUCGUUCUAGUCCAGCACCUUCGCCCAAGCCCAGUGUGGCCUGUAGUCAGCUGGCCCUGCUGCUGUCCAGUGAAGCCCAUCUCCAGCAAUACUCCAGAGAGCACGCACUCAAAGCCCAGCUCUCAGGAAGAUCUGCCAGUGAGAGACUAGCUGCCAUGGCAAACCAGCAGCAUGGCCAGGACAAAAGGCCACCUAGUGUGGGAGGGACUCUACCCGGAGCUACAGACACACUUAGCUCCUUAACAACUCAAAAUGGAAUGACGACAACAACCACAAUAACAACAACACUCCCUCGAACGGCCCUGUCCAGUCCACAGAGCCCCUCUUUACUGCGUGGCCACAGCCAAAGCUCCCCUCCCACUCCCCCACGUGUUCCAAGCCACAGUCACAGCCAGCCACCUAGAGAGAAGCGAGCCUUUGACUCACGUCCAACCCGACCCCCCCAAACAUGCAGUAGCCUACUUCUGCUGCUACUGAACAACCACAACAACCAGAAGCAGCUGACCAAGAAUGGACACCUAGAGGACAGCUGUGGCAUCUUGCCACCAAGCGGCUCCUCUUCAGUCACAUCAGACAGUGAAUGCUCCACACAGGAGAGGAGCCUGACCAAGGACAGCAGUGAUGCAGAGAGUUCCUAUUCAAGUUGCUCUCCUAUUGACCUCUCCAUGAGAAGCCGUGUCAAUAUACAAGACACAGGGCCCAAAACUACAACCCCUCCUUCCACCUCUACCUUCUCUUCUUCCACCACAGUGUUUUCCUCUACCCCGGUUGCGUUCUCUCCUCAAGCUUCUGCUCAGCCCUCCACCACAACUUUUUCACCAUCCUCUACUGCUGUCUCCUCUAUUUCCACUGCUCUCUCUUCAUCUUCCUCCUCUUCUAUCUCUACCUCUUCCUUGGACAAACUCACAGAAUCUUUAAUAAACAAGUGGAAGCCAGAGCCAUCAGGAUCAAAGGUGUCCAAGAACAAGGAGCCUGAAAUGAGCCCAGACCUAAAAUCCCACCCCAAGCUCACACUUAUGCAGCUUCUUCUUGAGCGCAGAAAUAAUGAGAUGGUUAAUAAAAGCGCAGCUAACCAAGAUUUGCCACUUGAUAUAACUAUGGCCACCAUGUCUCGAACCCAGCAAAAAGGACUGGUGCCUUGGGAAGAGACCAGGACAAAAAGCCCCAUAGAUAGGCCUGUAGCCCCGGCUCAGCCCCUCUACCCCCUUAGUCGUGACCCGAGUGGUGCAUUAUCCCCAUUUUCCUAUCCCUCCCCCAAUGUCCAGUCCAGCCCGUUGGAUUUGUGUAAGUCUAAAGCCUUCCCUGCUGAGAAAGCUUCAGAGCCUGCAUUCAGUGCCAGUAAACUGUUACAGAAUCUGGCUCAGUGUGGCACAGCUUCUUCCUCCCCACCCAUCCCCUCCGGCAAAGGACUGGGCCAGGAGGUUGAUGCCAACAGGCCCCUCGCCCUUUUAGAAAGGCUCAAUGCUCCAAUCCACAGGACCACCACCACUCCACUCUCGGAAGGAGCGUCAGGCAGUGGCACGCCUUUCAGUCGGAAGGGAGCUUCUCCUCCUUCAUCACAAAUUGAGAACCUCUUAGAGAGGCGCACUGUUCUGCAGCUCCUUCUAGGAACGGGCUCAACUACUGCUACAGUUAGCCGUAAAGAUAGGCCCAGUGGGAGUGGCAGGAGAAGUGUAGAGGUGGCAGGGGGAUGCUAUGAGAAGAGCCCUGGGGCCUCCAUCAUCUGUGACAGCUCAAAUGGUCCCCCUUUGGAUGUAAAGGUCAAAUCAGAGCUCGCAGAAGAGGUAGGGCCAUCGUCUGCCAUGUCUGAGGAUUUGAGUGACAGAAAGAGACUGAGUGGCUAUGAGAAGAAUAGCCCCCUCUCAGAUUCUCAGCAGGACUUAAAAACAGAACCACGGCCUGCAGAGGUCAUAGCAAAAUAUGGCCUCCUCAGCCAGCUGCUUAAGCAACAGACUGCUACCUACUAUACCAGUGCUGCUAUGCAGACUGAGACACAGCCCAGACAGGUUAAAGAGGAACAGAGGGAGUAUCCAAGCCCCAGUCCUAAGAAAAGACGCCUCUGCUCUGAUCAGACAGAUAGUUUUAAUAAUAUCAGCUCUCCAAGAGUAGUGGAUAGAGGUGACACAAACAUUUUUGCCUAUUCUGCUGUUCAGGUAGAGUCUGACCAGCAGAGGAGUCUGAAGGAAGAGGAGGCUCCACCAAGGAGCCCACCAAGUGAAACCCUCACCAGAGAGAGCCGGGGCUUCAAUGUGCUCAAACAGCUGCUGCUCUCUGACAACUGCCUGAAGGAGCUGUCCCAGCAGCCCCGGGGGGCACCCAGUCCUUCCGUCCUGCAGGCCAAUGGCAAGGCAAAUGGCAGCAUUCUCAGUCAGCCUGCCCAUAAUCAUAGCUUCCUCCACUUGCCCAGCUGGCAUCCCCAUGGUUCCCUCAACUCAGGGCUUCCGAGUAAUCUCAGACCACUGCCCACCCCUCCUGCAGGUGACAGCCCUAUCCGCAGCCCCUGGAGUCGCCAGCCAGCUCCGUGGCCGGUCACUCAAAAACGGGACCCCCCUACUCUAGUCAAACAGGAGCCUGAGAGCCCUGUGCGGUGGAGUAGUCAGGAGAACGAAGAGGAGGAGGAGGAGGAGGGUUGUGACUCAAACCCGGACUCUCCGCGACUCUCACGUUCUAACCCCAUCCUGUAUUACAUGUUGCAGAAGGGCAGCAUUCAGCUGAGGAAGGAAGUGAGGGAUCAGGGAGAGGGAGCCCAGUCUGUGGUCAGAGUUAAAGAAGAGCCAAUCAGUGACAUGCAUGCCUAUGAACGCAGUCUGAGCUCCACCCCUCAAUCACCGACCCACAAUGACAAGCACAGCCAUGAGAGCCAGGGGCUGAGCCAAUCAUCUGAGUAGAAGUUGUAUCAACUACAGAAAAAUACAAAGCUGAAGCAAAUUCAUUGACUCUUUUUUUUCAUUUUGAAGACUUGCCAAAUUGGUUUGAUGAGACAAUUAACUAAGAAUGCAAAGUGAUUUUUUUUUUUUUUUUUUUUUUUUUUGUGGAACAGAGCAAGCUCAAGUUCAAGUGCAUAUUUGCAUUGCUUUCUCAAUUUUGAAUACUGAGGUCAUGGAAUGGUACAAAACAGGUCUACCUUAGCAAAAUGAUUAAUUGAUACAACCAAAACUGUGCAACUGUCACAAAUGUAACCUUUCCCGUCAGUGAUUAUCAUUCCCUACAUAUUUGAUUUUGUCAAUUAUGGAGUCCUCCUUUACAAUUCGUUCUUGUUUUACACUUACUAUUUGUGUCUGAAUUGCACACAUAUCACUAUUCCAUGUCCUCUUUGUUUCCUGCCAUAAAACAUUUAGAAAGAACAUUUCAAGCAACAUUUAUUAUUGAUGACUCCAAAAAUGUUAGUGCUCAGUUCAGUGGACAUUUAUUUAUUUUCUCCAUAGACAGAGUCCCAUCAAUUUUAGAUAAGAUUCAAAAUAAAGUCAUUCCAGGGCAGUCACAGCGGUCUAUUACAACAAUGUACAUGAUAAAUUCAUUCAAAGGAGGACCUUGAAAACAACAUUCACACUGCAAUGGCUUCAGUGAGGAUCCCACCAUGAUGAAUGCUUUGUCUUGCUUUUCCUCAAGAUUCAUGGUGUGGCAUAAUUACCAAUGGAGAAAGAAUAUAUCACUGGAGGUUUGAAUGGUCACAACUCAUUGUGUUUUGCUUUUAUUUGAAUUGAACGCUUAAGGCCAAUAUUCGACAGUGCAAAUUCAGGGCAACGUGUUUGCAGACUGUGCAGUUUUGAGCAGAUGGGUCAACAGAGCAUGUGUGGUGCUUACAGUUGAGCAACUGUGUAUAAACAGGUUUCUAGAGCAACAGUUAAAAGGCUGCAGCGCCUGAGAAACUUAUCUUACCAUCCUGGAUAAACCCACUCCACUUUUCUUCAUGCAAACAAAAACUUUGAGUGUAAAAAAAAAAAAAAAAAAGCAAAAGGAGGACUCAGAGUUUGCACUAUCGAAACUAAAUCCUUGGCGUCCUUUUCAGAAUAAUUUAAUGGCAUGUAAGAAAAAAUGUCAGUAUUGUUAUCUGUUGAGAAUUUGACAGUUUGUGAUUUUUUUUCUUCAUUUCUUAAUUGUUGUGGUUUAUGGACAUCUUUUUUUUGUGGCAGUCUCUUAACUCAUAAAAAGUCAAAAGAAUUGCAUGAUAAUAAAGAGAAGACCACAGGUACAUCUUUGUUUUCAAAGCAGCUGGAUAUGUGUACCUGCCCCCCAAUAAUCACCAAGACAUUUUGGUGUCUUGAGGGAUAUCUGGUAUCUAGCUUCUUAUUUUUGAUUGUACUGUAUUAUUUUCAGUUGAUUUCACACACUGCUUUAUCCAUUUAGUCUUGUGAUCUUUUUAAUACAUAUACCUAUGAAGUACGUCUCUUCAAUUAUUAAUACAUUUUCACAAUGGUUAAAUAUAUUUGUGUAAAUAGUACUUUCAGUAUGAAAGAUGACUAUUUUGUAAUGUUUAAGAAAAGAUAUUACCCUAGUUUUUAAUGCCCUGAUAUGUAAAUAUGAAUUAUAUGCGUACAAGUGUAUAUACAAAGGCAGAGGAUGCAAUGCCCAUCUUUUUUUGGUUGGUUUGUUCUUUGCAUGUGUCUCUAUGUGGUAAAUGAUAAUCUAUCCUGCGCUGUGUUGUGUAAUAAUGUCUGACUCUCCUCACUGCUGCCUGUUGCAUGCAGACGCAUGGGAACUACCUGUGUAUCCCUACUGGUGAAGGGGGAAAAUGUCAAGUCUUAAAAUAGGUCUUUUUUUUAUCACAGAGAGAGGUUGGUUUAGAAUACGAACAGUCUCUAAAUAACCACAGACUGUGGAGCAAGUUGAUAAAAAUGUGUGAAAAAUAAACGUGCAUUGAAUAUUUUUGUGAUUUUUCUUUUCUGUUACUGGUUAACAAAGCUCUGUGAAAGAACUUGGGGCUCUAGUGGGGGAUUGACGUACAAUCAUAGAUCUGCAUUGUGCAUCUAAGAAAUACAUUUGUAGCAGCAAAUAUAAAAAAAAAUGUUUCAUUUUUUCAUGUGAAGACCUGAAACAUUAUUUCAUUUUUUUAUGUUUUCAUUUUUGGUGUUCAUUUGCACUGAUAUCUCAAAAAUAAAGUACUAAAAUGCA